UAUAACGUAGUAUCGGGUAAAAAACUACCACAUAUAGACGUACUUACGGUCUAGUACUUUAAUCAUAUCAAAAUAUGUCGUAGGCUCAUUGAAGACUCCGUGCUCGAUGACAUCACGAACUAAAAGAGUUACAACUGACACUAAUUGAAUGCGGCGAGUGGACCGAUCGCAAGCUGCGGUGUACCAAUCUAACCUCGUUUGCUCCUCGCCUCAGACUUUCCAAGUGAUAAAAAUAAACAUAUUAAUAUAAAUGGGCGCUGACAUAGCAGGUUUCAUCUGUGCAGUAGUCUUGGCGGCAUUGGUGGUCGCGUGGAUUGCAUACUGCAUGUUCGUUCGCGAACGUCAUAAGUCGGAAUAUCAUCAAUAUGAUAUAAGCGACUUGCAACGACGACAAUGCGCUACAGGCGAGUCAGCGGACGUCAACAAGAGCAUGACAGAAGUUAAAGAAGAGAAAGCAGGGAUACGAGCUGGUAUUUUCAUUCUGCCUUCUCGGCACAAACACAACGAUGAGGACUACGAUAAAAGACCCGAUUACCCCGAAAGCCCCGCUCCGCGUAUGGUCGGGACGGACAGACUAAUCGAGAUUCUCAAUGACAGUGUUGAAGUACACAAUAAAGAAGGUAUUUACGAAGUAGAUAGUGGUGUGCCAUACCAGAGCGAAGUCUAAUGCACCUACUAUUACUUUGACAUCUAAACACAUGCACUGUAACUAAUUACUAAUAUAUUAGUGAGGUUAUCAUGAGUUUAUUGCGUGAAUGUAAUUUAUACGGGAAAUGAACAACACCUCUGCCAUAAAGAAACUAUUAAUUUUCCAUAUACAUUUUGACAUUUUC